CAAAAUCAUCUCGUAAUAAAUCAUCCAGUAAUAAUAAUACAACCCAAUGACGAUUUGAAGCGAGAAGGCCCCUCCUUCAACCACUCCGAAAAACCGUCUUAUUGGCUCCACACAAGUGUGUCUCAUGUAAAUGAGAUGUCCCAACAGAAAUUCACACAUCUCGAACUAGAUCGUUUUAUUAGUGCGUGUGUGAAAAUUUGUUUGUGGAAGUUUAAUUAACUCACGUAUUACAUCCACUUUACGACGCUAUGCAUUUCAUCAACGCCAUUAAAACUGAAACGGAGAGCUUUUCACCUGAGCUUGCGAAAACGCUUUUAAACCCUUUACACACUUACAACAGCGAAAUGAUCAAUUACUUCUCGUAUCCAAAAUAUACGAGCUACAUUUCGCCGAACUACCUCAAAUCCACUGAAUAUUUCGAUCCGGAUAGUUUUGUGGAUUUUGACCCCGGGAACAACGAAGUACCUGUAGCGUCUGCUUCGUACCAGAAUUUUCAGGAUUAUUUUUCGUACCAGAGAGGGCAUAGUCGGCAUGAAUUCAGCGAAGGUGAGAGGAAGUGCUUGAGUUACAACAAUGGAAACUUGCAAGCGAAUCUGGGCCAAAUGUGGAGUUUCCAGAACGAAGCAGGCUGUUUGCUACAUGUGGAUUCGCAUGAGUCAUCCAAAGAAGUUUGUUUUGAUGACACAUUGGACAUAAACGGCUCACAUUACUCCGAUGAUUCCACAGAUAUUAAAAGCAUUGAUUGUGGCAGCAAAACAGGAAGAAAAGAACGAACAGCUUUUACAAAAAACCAAAUCAAGGAACUGGAAAAUGAGUUCACUCAUUCCAAUUAUCUAACAAGACUAAGGCGUUAUGAAAUCGCUGUUGCUUUAGAUCUCACAGAACGACAAGUGAAAGUGUGGUUCCAGAAUAGAAGAAUGAAGUGGAAACGUACAAAGGGUGGCGAUCCAAAUACCCUCAAAGGAAAAUCUAAAACAAGAAUUUAACAGUUUAAUUUAAAGUUAAGGAAAUUUGUGUAAUAUUUUGUAUCUGUAAUAAUAAUGUGUUCCCAUUAUAUUUAGACUGUACACACUAAGUUAAUUAAUAUUUCUUUAUACUGAGUAAUCAAUAAGAUAAAUAAAACACAGUUUUAACGCAA